UUUUUUUUUUUUUUAAAUUUAUUUGAAUAGAUAAAAUUCACUUUAUUUUACCUUGCAUAACUUAGCUUUUACAAUGACUUCACUCCUGAUUUCACUACUUACAUUUACAUAUGAAUUGUUUAAUCUAUAGAUCUGACUUGAACAUGAGUACCUUUGAUUAUAGAAUAUGUUUCGCAAACAAUUAUGCCUAACAAACAUGUCUAAAACAAUUAUGCAAUGUUACCUAAUUUCAUGCAGUUGUUUUCAAUAGCAUCUUUAAAGGUUGCCUAAAGCUUCUCAGCAUUUAUUUUUUAAUUCAAAUUAUAUGAUGGAAUUAUAUAAAAAUAUGAACACACGAAAUCGAAUGAAAGAAAAAAUGGAUGUUGAAGUUAGGAUCGAGCUUGGUCAUAAGGCUUGGAAAAAUAUAAAACCUACCAUAGAAGGGUAUACACAUGACUGGACUGUAUUUGUUCAAGGUGUGAAUGGCACCGACAUUAAACAUUUUGUGGAAAAAGUUAUAUUUCAUUUACCUAAUAGUUAUCCUGAUUCAAAGCAGAUCAAGGAAAGGCCUCCUUUUAUUCUAUCAGAAUCUACUUCACGGAGCUUUUCUAUGCAGAUUGAUAUUUUCUUCUGUGCUGGAGCUAAGCUCAACAAAGUAACUUAUAAUUAUGAUAUCUCUAUUAGUGAUGAGGUUGUAAAUAACUCAUGGGAGAGAAAACUGACUUUUCCAAAUCCUAGUAAAAAUUUCCUGGAGAAACUUCUUCUAGCAGGAGGAAAAAUGGUUGAUCUACAGAAGACAUCCGAGAUGAAUGUACCGCUUGUGAAAUGCAAAGUUGAACCAGAUGAGGAGACUGAAGUAAUAAAAGUUAUUGAUAAUGCUCAAAUAUUAAACUCCUCUGUCCAAAAUAUUAAUAACUUAAAUGAAUUAUUGAAAGAAAAUGAAGGCUUGAAAAGUGCAAAUGCAGAAGUAAAAGAAAAGACUGAUUGUCAAGAAAAGUUAUUAGAUUUUUAUGACAAAAAGCUUUCUAGUUGUGAAACAUGUAUUUUAGCUGCGAACAAGAGCAUUAAUCAAUUAAGGAAAAAGAUUGAAGAAGAUGAAAAUGAGAUUUCAACUUUGAAAUUACAAGUGCAAAUACUUCAAAAUGAGCUUCUACAAAUCAAAAAUCUGCCAACAAAGAAUUCUGAAGGAAAGAUGAAAGGGAAGAAAAGAAAGAGAAAGAAUAAAGAAAAUUUAAAUAUAUCUGCUCCUGUUGAAAAGAAAAGGGGAAAUGUCAUUCGUCCUACAGAAGUUAUAUCUUCAGCUUCCAGAGAUAAUUCUUGUACUUUGCAGAAUUCCUCACCUGUUAAAAACUUUCCUGCCUCAGCAAAAAAUUCAAAUAUUUGUAAAAAUAUUAUAGCCAAAAGCAGUACUUCAAAUCUUCAAAAUACUUCAUUGAUCAAAACGGACACUUUCGUUAGUGAUUCAAGUAAUACAGUAUCAGAGAGCCAUUACCAUUCACAGUCAAACAGUCAAGUACAAUCCUUUAAUGAUAACUCUUCUUUUCAGCAAAAUAUAUGUGGAGAAGGAAACUUUGAAACUUCAAAUUGUCUGGGCAAUGUCUCUUCUUCUCCUUGCUCUUUUAAGUCUGAGAAUACUUGUAUUGAUGUGAAAUCUGUAGAAAAAAGUUCAAUUAAUGUUAAUGCUGAUCUUAAUAUUUCUAAAAUAAGAAAUAAUGCUACUGAAAAAUCUGUAAAUAGAACAUUGAUGGAAGUUAACUCUUUUUUAUGUAUAUCUGAAAUGAGAAAUGAGGUUGAUGAACAAAUAAAAAUAAAUUCAACAGCAGUUAAUACUUCUUUAGAUGAACAUAAAAUAAGAAAUUGUGAUAUUGAAGAACCUGUAAGAAUUAAAGAAUGUGGGGGAAUUGCACAAGAUAGCUUGCUUAAAGCUAAUGAUAAAUGUGUAGAGAGAAUUUCAUUGGAUGUUAAUUUAUCUAUACCUGAAAGUUCUCUUGAAGUUGAUGCCCCGCUGAACAUAUCCAAUUUUAAAAAUUGUGACAUUAAGAAACCUGAAUGUCAAAAUUCAAUGGAAGUUGAUUCUUCCUUGUAUUUAUCUGAAAUAAAUAAUAAUGAUGUACAAAUGCAUGUGGAAGGAAGUUCAGUGGAAGUGAAUUCUUUAAUUGUACCUGAAAUAGCAAAUAAUGUUGAAAAAUCAGUAGAGGGAAAUCCAAUAACAGCAAAUGCUGUUCUGAAUAAAUUCAACAUAAAACAUACUGAUGUUGAGAAAUCUGUAUAUCGAAGUUUAAUGGAAGUUGACUCUUCUCUGUAUAUAUCUGAAAUAAAUAAUAAUAAUGUUGAGAACUCUGUGGCGAAAAAUUCAGUUACAAUUAAUGCUUUGUCAGAUAAAUCUGAAAUAGGAAAAAGUAAUAUUGAAGCAUGCAGAAAAUGUAAUAAUGCUGAGAAACCUUUGAAGGAAAGCUCAGCUGAAGAAGCUAAUGUUUCUUUGGGUAAACCUGAAACAAAAAAUAUAAAUGAAAAGAAAAUUAUAGAAGGAAUGUCAAAUGAAGUUACAAUGCCAUUGAAUAAAUCUGAAUUAUUUGGUAAUAUUAAGAAACCCAUUGAAGGAAGUUUAAUUGAAGCUCAACUGUGCAUCAAAAAAGAAUUAGUAGAAGAAACACCUGGUGCUUCUGUAAAAAAACAUGUUUCCUCAAUUCAAGGAACAGACAUGAAAUCAUUUAACUCAGAGAGUAAAGAAAAUGAUGAAAAACAUAUAAGUUUUGGUGAUGUUAAAUUUUCCUCAUCAAUCUUGAGAGAUACAGAAUUUAAAAAGAAGCAAAAUAAAACAUUUCAAAAAGAUUCUUUACAAAAUCUUGGAAACGUUUUUAAGAAAGAAAAUCUGAAUAUUAAUAUUAUUUGUAAGGAAGUUCAACAAGACGUAAAUGAUGCUACAGUUCCAAAUUUUAUCGAAUUCAUAACUGAUAAUUAUCAGAAACUUAAAAUAGAGUUGGGCAGAAUAAAACAUUCAAAAUUCAGAAAAUUUAGGCAUAAAACAAAUCCUCUUUUUUAUAAACUUGGAAAUAUUAAUUCCAACAUCACCGAUAAGUAUUUUAUGAGAUACAUACGUUCAUUAACUGAUUUUUUUAUUACUCCUAAAACAUCAUUUGACAUGGCAACUAUAGUUUAUUUAAUAGUGAAUUAUCUUAGCAAAAGUAAAAUAAACCCAAAAAAUUUACGUACAUAUGUUCACAAUCAAGAAAUGUAUGUGUUUCUACCAAGAUCUGAAAACUGUAUUGUUUCAACUCUUUUUGAAAUUGAAAAGAAGUUGGUGCCAUACUUGCAUGGAUUGAUAAGAAACAUUCUAAACAUAAUUCGUCGAGUAUUGGUUUCAAAGAAACAAAUGGAUGUGAAGGGUCUUGCAUCACUGUGUAGAGUCUUUAUGAGUCUGUGCAAACAGAACAAUGACAGAUUGGAACCUCUUUUCUUAUGUUGUGAAUUAUUAAGAUUAAGGAUUCCAUUGGCACCUUACCUGAUCAACUCACUUGCUGCUGUCUGGAGAGAACCAUUUUAUUUGUAUAAUCAAUUUUUAGCUGAAGAAAAGUUGCUACUUGGUUCUAUUAUUUAUGGAAUGAAGGAAAAACCAUCACUGAUGAAUUCUGAGCUUUGGAGGCAAACAUGUAUAUUAUCAACUACCAAUUUUCCUUGUCCAGUCUUAGUUGAUCGAUAUGAUGCAAUACAGUUUUUGACUGAAAAGAUUGAUUCAAGAUGUGAUGAAGGAUUGUUUGAAGACUUAUGGAUGCUGACUUCACCCUUAAUCAUUUUUAUAUCAAAUGAAACUUGGGAUUCAAAAAUAUAUUUUAGGAAUAAAUACAUAUUACCUAAUUUGCUUCAUUUUUCAAAGUGCUUUAAUGAAAAAGCAUUUGAUGUGUUCUGCAAUCUCUAUGUGGACAUUUUCAGUUUUUGUCGUGAAAGUCCUUUUGAAGAACUACAGAAGUAUUUCACCAACAAUGCACUUUAUGAAGGUGCUUUAGUGCAGGAUUGUGCUGCCAUUGCUUUAUGGAAAUAUAUAGGCAUUACUGACACAACCAUCCCUGCUUCAUUAAGAGACUGGUUCCUCAGAAAUCAAAAUAAUUCCAAACUGGAAGUUAUUAUUGAUAUCUAUUGUAAAAGAGUGAUGGAGUCUCAUGAUAAGCUUCUGUUAUGGGAUGAUAUAAUAAUUUUGUAAAUGGAAUAUGUAAUUUUAACUCAUUUGUGAUAUGUAUUGUGAUAUGUAUACAUUUUUAUAAACUAUAUAAACACAUUGAAGUGUCAAGACUGUACAGAGAUAAUUUUCCUCAGGGAACAAUUUUUCAUUGUUAUUAUUAUCCUAGAAUUGUGCAUAGGUUAUCUUUUGCUGUGCUUAUUUGGGAAUUUUACACAUUUUAUCUGUUCAUCUAUUGGUAAAAAUAGAAAUGGUAAUCUUAACAAGCAAAUUAGAUUGAAAAGAAGAGCACUUUUACUUCAGAAAUAAUUCUACAGAUAAUGUACACAAAUAUUUCAAAUUGUAGUAUUUGGAUUUUUAUCAGAAAUUACUCAGUAUUACCAGUUUAUAUCAAGCAGUAGAAAACAAUUUUUUUUUUCUGUAUUAUUAUUAUUAUUUCAUUGUUAGCUACAGAACUCAUUCAAAUUUAAAAUACUGUAUUUCUAAAAUAAAUUCACACUUUUUUUAUUUGUGUUGAUAAAAUUUUGAAUCCAAUUAAAUAAUACAGAAAUGUAAAUUUAAUUAACAUUCACAAUAAUUUAUCAUAAAUUGCUAUUUGUGCUAUUUUUUGAAAUUUUAAGAGACGUAAAAAUCAGUCUGAUUGUUUAAUACAUACCGGAAAAACAUUCAUGAAAAACUAUUAGUUGUAAUUUAAAUUUUAAAUAUCUUUACAUUGUCAUUAUUAAUGCAAAACUUAUUUUAAAUAAUCAAAUUAGCAUUUUCAUGUAGAUUUCCAAGUUGAUUAAAGAUGUUAUUUCCCAUUUGUUAUUUCAUUUUGGUUGUAAAAUUACUUUCAAUAACAUAAGCAAAAGCUAUUGCUUUUAAUAAUGAUUUUAUUUAAUUAACAAUAUGGUCCAUGGGUUAUUUUGUCAAAAGAAAAAUCAUAUGAUAAUCCAGAUCAGAGAUGGGCUAACUUUUGAUCGGCAGUAUUAUUUAGCAUAAAACUCAAUAAGGGCACAAAGAAUAUUUUAAAAAAAAAUUUUUAUCUUUUGUAACUGCAUUAUUAAAAGGUAUAACAUUUAAUCUUAGCCAUAAAAUUCCUGUAAUAUUUUAAAAUAUAUUCCUCUAAGGCAAUUGUACUUAACCAACUGGUAUAGUGAUUUGCCCGUUACAGAUUCACGUGGAUAAAUAAUUGUUAAAAAAUUAGAAUACCUGUUAUGGCAUCAAGAUCCUAGCCUAAUUAUUCAGUAGUUUAGAGUAAAAUUUUGAAAAAUUGGCUCUUUUAAUAAAUUAUAAACUUUUAAAUACUGAAAUACUGCCUGAGCAAUACAUAUUAUGAAAUAAAAUGUUUCUUCAACAAUCUUGGCAUAGUAGGCAACUAGUUUAAAUAAUUAUUUAUGCAUGUGCAUGUAUUGUUUUUGAAAAUGGAUAAACAUGCACCAUUUCCUUUUAUUAUAUUAAUAAAAAAAUAUCAAUUACAGUUGAUAAUAAGAGGAAAUUUUUACAAAAUCUCAAAAAAUUUAAUAAAAAUGAACUGAAUACAUAUAAAUCUGGGUAAUUAUCAGUUAAAUUUGUCUGUUAUUCUAAUGUUUUUAUUGUUUAAUUUUUAAAAAAUAUGUACAAUUUGUUAUUUAUCAUACAUAUGUUUGGACUUGGAAAUUUAACUGUAGGAGCAAAUGUGAUCAAAUUUACCUGCUAAUGAAUAAUUUUUUUAAAAAAAAAAGCUUUCAAUAACUAUUGAUUUAUUUAUAAUUCUGGAAAGAACUCAAUGUGAAAUGUCAGAUGUUUGCUAUGUAUUGUCAUCUCUGUUAUAACUGUGCGUUCUAUUUUAAAAUUUGCAUAAUACUGAAUGUGUUGCAAAAUUCAGUGAUGCUGAUUAUGAACAAUUUCAUAUUCUGUAUUCUUAUAUUCAAAUGAGCAGUUAUUGCAAAUGUGCAACUGUAUAAUAGGAA